GUCUCCGAGGAUAAGAUAAACCCAAAAGAAAUCAAACACAGCACUCACUCUGAAAACCCGCCACCAUGUCACUCUCCGUCUCCGCCACAAUUCCCACCGCCAAGCCCUUCUCCUCCUCCGCCACCACCUCCGCCGCUCCCUCCUCCUCCUUCCUCCUCCGUCUCCCAAUCAAGCGUCUCUCCGCCCUCUCCCUCAAUGCCACCUCCUCCAAGCCCUCCGCCCCCAUCUCCGCCUCAAUGGAGGCCGGAAUCGGCGUAAUGGCCACAAAAUUAGGUAUGAUGUCGUUCUUCGAUCCCUCCGGCGUAGUAAUCCCCGUCACCGUCGUCGGAUUCCGGGAGGGCAACAUCGUCACUCAGAUUAAGACCGAAGCCACCGACGGAUACGACGCCGUUCAGGUUGGGUACCGGAGAAUUCGAGACCGGAAGCUGACGAAACCGGAGAUGGGACACUUGGAGAAAUCCGGGAUUAUUCCACUGCGGCACUUGCAGGAGUUCAGACUGCAGUCGAUUGAAGGGUUUCAGCCGAAUCAACGGCUGUCGGUGGAGGAGCUGUUUAAGGAAGGGGAUUUGGUUGAUGUUUCCGGCACCACCAUCGGAAAGGGUUUCCAAGGUGGUAUUAAGAGACAUAACUUCAGGCGGGGGCCGAUGAGUCACGGGUCGAAAAGUCACAGGCAACUCGGAUCAAUUGGUGCCGGUACAACACCUGGACGUGUUUACCCGGGGAAAAAAAUGCCUGGGAGAAUGGGAGGAACAAAGACCAAGAUCCGAAAGCUCAAGAUUAUUAAGAUCGACACUGACCUAAACAUUGUAAUGAUCAAUGGUGCUUUACCUGGUAAGCCUGGAAAUCUUCUUCGUAUUACUCCGGCUAAGAUUGUCGGCAAGAACAUACCCAAAAGUUGAUGACUCAACUCUUUUGUAAUUUUUUUUUUUCCUUCAUUUCUGGACUGUGUGGUGACUUUUUGUAGUUUUGUUUUCAACUAGUGGUAUUUCAAUUCAUAUUCCUUGGUUGAAAUGCAUCAAUUUUUUGGAUCAAA